AUGGCGCAAGCGCUGAAGAAAAAGGGAAAUGAUUUCUUCGUGGAGGGCGACUAUGUCAGCGCCGAGGACUACUACUCCCAAGCAAUUGCCAAGGACCCGCACGACCCAACCUUCUUCACGAACCGCGCAGUAACCCGCAUCAGGCUCGAGAAAUGGGAGGAUGUCGAGCAUGAUGCGCGGGCCGCAAUUAAUAUCUACGGCAAGAAAGAUCCCGCCUCGCUCAAGAGCAGCGUCUAUCUAGCCGAGGCGCUACUUGCAUUGAACCGGCCCCAAGAAGCAUAUGACCUUACCGUCGCUGCAUACCAGUUUAGUUUGGAUGUGAAACAUGCUCAGAGCGAGAAGCUGUCUGGGAUGCUGCUGCGCGCUAAGAAGGCGCUGUGGGAAGUACGGGAAACGGCGCGUCUGCAUGAGAUGGACGAAACGUUGAAGAGCUUGGAGGAGCUGAUCAAUGCGGAUCUGGCGCGUGCGGAGAAGGAGUUACAGAGUCAACUGGAGAAUAAGGAGAUUGGGGAGAUAGGCUAUCGGGAGGAUUUGACUGCACUGCAAGCAGAUGCGCAGAAGAAGAUCUCACAUGUUCGAGAAGCAUUCGAGAUCUCGUCCAAGGGAGCCAUUCAAGAGCGAAUUGUACCUGACUAUCUGAUCGACGGAAUUACCUUUGAGGUCAUGCACGAUCCCGUUAUGACUCCCUCUGGUACCAGUUUCAAUCGCAGUGGUAUCGUGAAAUAUGUGGACAAGGCUGGUAUAGACCCGCUUACACGCGAGCCGAUGACCGUCAAGGACCUGCGUCCUAACUAUGCACUUAAGGCGGCAUGCGAAGAGUUCUUGCAUAAGAAUGGCUGGGCGGUGGAUUGGUAA